AUGAGCUUGAGUGCUGACAAAUCUGAAUUUGUUAAAGCAGUAAUUGCAUAUGCAAAGAAGCUUAAUGGUCCUGGAAAUAUACCAAGUAGAGGUAUAAAAUUCAACCAUGAAUUAGAGAGCAAAAGAAAAAGCAUUGUUAAAAGUUUUUCAAUUGCAAAAAAUAUGUAUAGCUCUGGACUUGGCAGAAUUUCAGAAAAAGAAUCUGAACUUGAACCUGGAGCUGAAUUUCUUGAGGCAAACACAGCAUUGAGUGUACAACAAGAGAAUAGGUUGAAGCAAAUGGGAGCAACAGUGAGGAAUGCAUCAACAUACAUGAACAGAUUGAAGAUGAAUGAAGAAAGAGAAAAAAUGGCUAGGGCUAUUCUUGCAAAAAUGUCAAUUGAACAACUAUCAGAUAUGGUUAGUUUUUAUCAUAAAAUGGGACAACUUUGUUCUGAGGCUUUAGACAAAAAGUUCAAUGACAUGGAAUUAGCUUGAACUAAAAAGCAGCUCGAUGCACUAAGCUCAUGUUAUACGUGAGGUUGAGGGAAAGAUCGAACCAAA